AUGAUGAAUGACUCUAUUUCGUUUGAUACGACCAUGACCACUAUGACGACUGCUACACUGACAACCGCCAGCUCCCCACCAUCGAUGCUUUCAAAAGAUGUCAACCCAAGUAUCAUGAGUCCACCGCUUGCGGGUGUUUAUUCAAACACAGGAUUUGAUAUGAUCAACAUCUUAUCACGACUCAUGAACAGACCCAAUCCACAAAUCCAAUUAGGUCCCAUUGACUUAUCCUGCUCCUUUGUUGUGUCAGAUGCAAAGCAGUACGAUUGUCCUGUCAUUUAUUGCUCGCCUGCUUUUGAGAGACUCACGGGCUACACCAACAACGAGAUUGUGGGCAAGAAUUGCAGGUUUUUACAGAGCCCCGAUGGCCAGGUUACCUGUGGAUCAAGACGCCAGCACACCGACAAUCAAGCUGUCUACCAUUUGAAGGCUCAAUUGAACCAAGGAAAGGAGCACCAGGCCAGUAUCAUCAAUUAUCGCAAAGGUGGACAGCCUUUUGUCAACUUGGUUACCGUGAUACCGAUUCUUGGUGACAAUGGCCAAGUGGACUAUUUUGUGGGUUUACAGGUGGAUCUUGUGGAGCAGCCCAACUCCAUCUUGGAGAAAAUGAAGGAUGGCACAUAUCUGAUCAACUAUCAUCAAAACACAAGCGUAUUACCAUCCCAUCGAUUGACAGGUGUAGCAGGAAACGAAAACAACUUGCUAGGUUUUAACUCUUCUAUGGACGACUAUUUCCGUGAGAUCCCUACUUCCAACACAGCGACAGACAUUAUUAGCUUACUGGAUGCGACUCGGAUUGAGUAUGACGACCCAGGCUUCAACGAACAACAGAUACAAAAGGAAUGGAACCAGCUGUUACUGGACCAAAGCUGCGAUUUCAUACACGUCUUAUCGCUCAAAGGCGUCUUUUUGUAUGUAUCCAACUCGAGUGCCUCCAUGUUGGAAUACGAGCCAGAGAAACUAUUAGGAAAUUCACUCAGUUCAAUUUGCCAUCCUUCCGACAUCAUACCCGUCAUGAGGGAAAUCAAAGAAGCCACCUCCAAUCCAGACAAGAUGAUUAACCUGCUGUUUAGAAUAAGAAGGAAGCUGUCUGGCUAUAUGUGGAUCGAUUGCCGCGGCAAGUUGCACAUGGAUCAGAGUAAAGGAAGAAAAUGUCUGGUUAUGUCUGGAAGAGAGAGACCCGUAUACAGGUUAUCAAGGCAUCAAGUCAUGCAUCAGCAAGGAGAGGAGGGCGAGGAAGGUGGUGCGGAGUACUGGGCAAAACUGUCUCUGGCAGGCCUUUAUUUGCAUGUUACGUCUACCUGUAAAGAUGUGGUGGGCUUUACUAACGAUUCAUUGGAGCAAGAGUCUAUCUAUCAGUACGUGGAAAACGACUCGAUUACUGAAAUUACAAAGGCACUAAAAGUGAUCAAGGAAGUAAGAGGUGUCGCUACCGUCUCUCAUACCAUCCUCAACUCAAAGGGAAGCUACGUGCCAGUGACAAGCACCUUCUACUCGGGUGACAGCAGCAAUCAACCUCCAUUUGUACUGUUGCAAGUGAAGCUUGCAUCGGCAACACAGCCGCCCACAUUGAACAACUAUAUACCCUCACAGCAUCUCUCUCCCGACUCGAUCAAUGAUAAUAUGUUUGCUGAGCUCGAGUCCUUCAGAACCACAAACUGGCAAUACGAACUGCAUCAAUUGCAACAAUCUAAUAAGCGAUUACGAGACCAACUAGACAAGUACAACAAUCCCAAUAAGCAGAGAAGAAAGAAAAAGACGAAAUACAAUGACCAUGAUAGGCCUAAAAUGUGCGCCAAAUGUCAGCGAAAGGAUUCUCCAGAGUGGCGAAAAGGGCCUAAUGGACCCAAAGAGCUAUGUAAUGCAUGUGGUUUGCGUUAUGCUAAAUCGUUAUUACACAAAUAA